UAGGUACCUAGUCGUGGCAGUCGCUAUACAGUACGUAGCGCUGUUACAUAGUACCAAGAUGUAAAUGCUAAAUGCUACAAUUAAAAAAAAUUAGGAAAAUAAUCAGUCUGCGAAAUUUCCCGACGCCGUCCAUACACUUCCGGUGACACGCUCUUACUAUUCCACCUCCCAACCUUGAACUACAACCCUCGACAAUCUCCUCCCCUCGGAAAAGGGCCAAUUGGCAACCGAUCGCCAGACUGUGCAUCACUCAUUGAUCGCUUGCUCCCUCUAAAAAGUGCUCGCGCCAUAAACCGGCCCAAUGUCUACUACUUCAGGAGUCAACGUGCUCCGGUACUCAGCUCUUGCCUUAGGUGUUUUCUACGGGUUCACACACCAGAGAUCCAUCAGCGCAGCGCAAAGGGCCACCGCGGCACAGAAGGAAUAUGAACACAAGCAGCACUUAAUAGAGCAAGCUAAGGCCCAAUAUGCGAGGUCCAAGAACCCAGCCCCCCAAACAACUGAGAAGAGUGCUUUGGACCAAGAUCCGAUGGAUCCCAAAUUCGAUCUAGAAGCUUACUUCAACGCCCUCGCGAAGCAAAAUCCCUAGAGAUGUAAUAAUAAUAUUGGAUCAACUACGUACGGAUUACCAUAGAGUCUGUGGAAUGGGAGAGAGCUGGGGUUGAACACGAUGCCAUAAGUCGUAUCGACGGUUCUUUUGACGACGGCUUCGUAGGGCCUGUGUAUAAUUGCGAUGCGGUCAAGAAAAGCCACCUCAUAGAUUUCAUUGGGUUUCACGCUGUACAUGUGUACAAUACCAAGACUUAUGCUCACCUAGACAACUGGGAGGCCAAAUCUCACAUGACAUUCAUAGAACGGCCUUAACGGAUUGGUUUGGUUCGGUUCUUCUGAGUUAUUUUCUACCUUUUUCUAUUAACGUUUACAUCCCACACAUCAUAUCCAUAUUUCCGUAUGAGACAAAGGUGGACAGAAACGCACUAAAGAAAAAGCCUGCAAUAUUUCUACAUAGUGUACCUAGGUAGGUUUGUGAGAAAGUUGUCUUGGAUGAUAUAUCACCAAGACCACCAGUAGUAGUAGCUAUACAUGUGUUAGGGGGUUAACUGGAUUAUUUACACAAUAAAGUCUACGCAUCUCAGCACUUAACUCCG